AUGAAGCCAAAUACCGUGUUUUUGGGCGUGGCGCUUGGUGCUAUUGCCUCACGAGUAUGCGGCCAAACCCUCACAGUCGAUAUGAUCGAUAACAUGUCGAAUAACACCCUCUUUACGCGAUGGCGACCAUCUUCUCAUUUCCUUGCUCCUUCAGGGUGGAUGAAUGACCCCUGUGGCCCAAUGUACGACCCAGUCCGGGGUCUCUAUCACCUGCACUACCAGUUUCACCCGAACCACGUUGCCUGGGGCAAUGUAUCCUGGGGACAUGCCACAUCCCCUGACCUCAUUACCUGGACUGAUGUCGACCAUGUUCCCGAUGACGGCAUUCCUGCCUGGAAAGAUCAGCAAGCACAAUCAAUCGGUGUCACCAACCUGACCAGCAAACACGAUCCGCCUCUAUACAAUCACCUCUCUAUCUUCUCUGGCACUGCACAGCCUGUCAAUCUCUCUGGCGAAGCUGAUGGCACAUUUCUGGCCUUUUAUACGGGCGUCUCGCAGCUCCCAACUACAUGGAAUACUCGCUACUUCCCUGGAACCGAAAGUCAAGGAUUGGCAUACUCUAUUGAUGGAGGAAUUACAUGGGAGCACUACGAGAACAACCCAAUCCUCUCUGAUCCGCCCGGAAAUUGGAACAUCACGGGCUGGCGUGAUCCCUAUUUCGCCCCAUGGCCACAGAUGGAUAAUUUCCUCAAUAUGACAGAGCCUCACUGGUACGCCGUCUUUGGCUCCGGUAUUCGAGGAGUCGGUCCGCGUAUACCCUUAUACCGAGCUCCCGCUUCAGACCUCACCAACUGGACCUUUUUGGGAGCUCUCUGGGAGCCGGGAAUGAAUACCACUCUUGGUUCUCUAGAAGAAACUGGGAGCUACGCGUUCAACUUCGAGGUUUCGAACUUUUUCUCAAUCGGCGACCGGUACUUUGUCAGUAUGGGCGCCGAGGGUGGGAACGUCAGCUUCCACCAGCAGAAGUGGUCUCUUUGGAAUGAAGGCACUUUGUCCGUUCGAGCGAAUGGGAGCGUUGCUUUCAAUCCUGUUUCCGGUGGCGCGAGCGACUGGGGUCUUUUGUAUGCGAUUACCUCUUUCAAUGAUACCAAAAACAACCGUCGUAUCCAAUGGGGCUGGGCACAGGAGGAUAUGAACGACUUCGGCAUCACCCAGCAGGGGUAUCAGGGAGUACUUGCAUUGCCUCGGGAAAUCUUUAUCAAGGACACCCCAGAUGUGAUUCAUGAUUCCACCAAUACAGUCCCUGGAAACUCCCGCUAUUUCCCAAAUGCCAACGGCACUUGGACUGCAAGCACCCUCGGCGUCCGUCCCGCCCCUGAUGUGGUGGAGGGCCUUCACCUCGGCGCCAACCAUACCAAGUACCCCUGCCAUGAGAACAAGUGCAAUAUCAAAAAGAUACACCUACCGAAAAAGUUGUCAAGGUCAUAUCAAUUGAAUGUGGACAUCAAACACACAACUGGCAUCGCAGGAGUCACAAUCGGAGCUUCUCCUGACUGCGAAGAAUAUACAAAUAUCUACUUCAAUCCCACCAACAACAGCAUCGCCGUCGAUCGCACCCAUUCUUCCCUCAUCAACAUGUUCUCAAACUCUACGCACGAGGGCUACUUUAAGCCUUACAAGCUGCAGCGUGGAGGUAGGAAUAUCACGGAAUCCAUUCAAAUGAGCAUCUUCGUCGAUGGCUCGCUGGUCGAGGUGUAUGUCAACGAGCGCUUCGCCCUCACAACGCGUAUCUAUCCAAGCCGUGAAGACAGCAGUGGAGUUGCACUCUUUUUUGGUCCAGGAGUCGAGGUGGAAUACUCUAAUAUCGAGAUCUGGGAUGGUCUGCUCAAUGUCUGGCCUCAUAGGCCGCAAAAUAGUAGCUCUCUCCUUGUGUUUGAUACGGCUGCUGAGACUGGCAAUUAUACCUGGUGGACGGGUAAUUGA